CUCAUAAUUUUUAAAAUGUUAUUGACAUAUCACUCUAAUAAUAUUUUUAUAAUUUUUUUUAUUUUAAUUUUUUUUUAUAUUUGCAAAAAAAAAAAAAAUCCAAAAUCGAGGGGCAUGUGACCCCCCUGGUCCUCACCUCCCUUUGCCAUUGGCACUGAGGGAUCUUAAGUGGGAACGAAAAUUAUGUUGGCACUGAGGGAUCUUAACUGGGAACGAAAAUUAUGUUGGAUCUUUCCUACUACCCAACUAUAUGAGUAUGUAUUGCUAAUUUUUCCUCUCUUUUUUUUGAACUUUUUUAUUUAUUUUUUAUUUUUUUAUCUCUUGUUAUCUUGUUUUUUUUUUAUUUAAACUUUUCAGUUUAUCUUUUGUAGAUGAAUAUUAAAAAAAAAUCCAAAAAUAAAAGGUAAACUAAUUUUGAUUUUUCUUGUCCUUUUAAGAAUUUUUUUCUCAAAUUUUUAAUAUUUUUUUACUUUUUUGAUUUAUCUAGUCGAGUAAAAACGAAAGCCUAAAGCUUUGUGAUUAUAAUUUUUUAAACAAUUUACUAAAAAAGAAAAGAAAAAAAUAAAAAAAAGGGCAACGCACCAAUAAAUCCCAAAUAUGUAUCUUAUGUUCCAUUUAGUCCUAUCUUUUAUCUUAUGAUCCAAUUAGUCCUAACAUAAUGUUAUUGACAACUAAACCCGCCUCAAUGUAAUGUUUACGCGUUUUAGUAAGGGUAAUUAAGUAAACCCCCAACGGCGUAAUGACUGGAAUGCCCCAAACCUGUCCUCUGUAGAAAUUUGUUUCCCUCCAAACAAACCCGUAAUCGAAGAGUCGUGUAUGGAAGGUUGAACAGUUCUCCGAUGUUAAUGGCGGCAUGUCAGGCAUUGCAGUUGCAGAAUGUUGCUUGACGAUGUGAAUUCCAGGUCAACAGAAUAGCAUUUUGUGUUUUACCGUAAUCCCCAUCAAAUACGAAAACCCCUUUGCUGUUGAUACAUCAAACCCUGCGGUGUAGUUGCUUGUGACACUUUUGUGCUUCGAAAUAGCGAGCGGAAAAUCCUCGUAGGCGCCCGAAAAUGGUUCCAGGUAGCAGUGGCAGUAGGACUGGUAAACGGAAAAUUGGCUUGAGGUCACCACACACAUCGACAAGGCAACCCAGUAAACGACAAGCAAAGCUCCCUUUCAAGAAACAGAAAGGGCCGGGUGAUCCUGUUCAGAGAGCUGAUGUUGAUACGUCGAAAUUAAUGUACCGUUCAAACAUAUCAGGGCUGAUUAGCACAGUUCUGGAACUGGAAUUACGCGAUGGCCACGUCAGACAGUUGCAGAGAACGCCAUUCUGGCUGAUGAUUGAUGCUAUUCGGGCUAACCAGCUGGAUCCUAAAAUGUUCAAAAAAUGUGAUGCGACGGUAUGUCGAAUAAUACAAACUUACAACCCUGAAGAUGAGAAAUUCCACAUCGGUGGAGCUAAGUUACCAUUGCGCAACAACGACAUCAGGUUGAUCUUUGGGGUACAAUAUGGGAGGGAGAAAUUGGAUAUGACACAGGGUGGGAAAGGGUCGUCUGAUUUCAUGCAAAGACGCUGCGCAAAUGUUACCUGAAUUUCGUCAAAACUAAUAAAGGACUUGCUGGGAGAAGCCAUCUGUGGUCGUACGGAGCGUGACGAAGAAGAUGUGGCGAAAUUGUUGUGUCUUUAUGUGUGCGCCAAGUUAUUUUUCGCAACAACCGGCGAGCAUAUAGGUUGGGCAUUUGUCCGUGUGAUUGACAAACUAGACACGUUGCAGCACUAUGACUGGAGUGCAACAAUAAGAAACACAUUGAUUGGGUCACUAAAUGAGAUGCACAAUAAGCCAGAGAAGGCCACAGGUUGCGUAGUAGCAUUGCUGUUCCUUAUUUGUGAGCAUUCAAACAUCGUCGCUCCGGAACGACCUGACGUGACACCACGAUUUUGUCGAUGGAACAUUGCAGCCGCUGUGGGCAAACUAAGAGUAAUAAAUUUGUCGUCAGAAGGUUGCUUUGAGGUCCAGUGUGGCAAACUUGUUGGGAUGAUUAAUGAAUGUCAUAUUCUGAAGGUGCCUGCUGCUGCUAUUGAACCAAAAGAAUGUAGUAGAAUUAGGGUGGAUGUGGAACCACCUGGAGUGUGCGAUGAACGCAGGGCUGUGAUUGAGACAGAUGAUGUUGGCAGCGUGGAGCUGAGCUUCAAUUGUUGGCAGCCGGCCAAAAAAACAAAGGGUAACAUGAAAAUAGAGGGGGCCAAUGACUAUGACAAUAAAAAUACUAGAACACCGACCAGCAAGGAAAAAGUAGCUGGGAAGCUGGUGUCACAUGGAGAGGUUUGGCCGGUAUUGUUCCCAGAUCUUCUGGAACUGUCCAGCACUCCAGACGGUGAAGACGUGGGUGAGGAACAAAGAGGGGUGCGCGAUGAGCUGAUAACUUGUAAAGCCAGAAUUACUGAAUUAGAGAGUGAGAUCAAUAUGAAAGAUGUACAGAUAUGUGAACUGGAACAGCGUGUGGAAACACUGGAAAAACUGCUCGGGCGGCAUGCUGCUAAUUUGUUUGCAAACUUAAAUACUGUGAUUGUGGAUAAGGAUGGAGAAAUUGCACGGCUCACCAAGCAGGUUGAUCGAUUGGACAAAAAAAUAAGCAAUUUGGAAGAUAGUCUUGAUGACCUUGAGGUUCACGAGGUCACACAAUUAGCUGUGAAUGAUGGAUCCAAUCAGCGAACACCAAGUAAUAGUCUGUCAGGCAAAGUGAGUGGGUCUGCCAAUGUGACGAGUUGCGAAAGUGCGCAGCGGUCUGCAUGUCCUAGAGGCCAACCCGAAGACGUGCGGAUCAACGAAUUACAACUUGUUGACAGUGACCCUGGGAUUGAAGAUUUGACAGAUGACUUUGCAGAUGGGAUUGUACGUACAACUGUGGCAAGGGGUGAGGGUAGCUGCAGGCCCAUAAAUGCAGAGACAGUAGCUGAUGGCAAUGUAAAGGAUGGCGCAGCUGUCGUUGUUGUAGAAGGUCAUAGUGAACACACAGCAGGUGCAGCAAGUUCAGGGCCGAAAAUUACAUCACUUGUCAAAAGGGUGAAGAACAAGGCAAGACGGGAAUUUAGGUUAUCAGACUACGAAUAUCCCGGCAUAUUUGGGCGUCCACAGGUAAACACCAAUGUCAGACUUGGUAAAUCAGUUGAACCCGGGGUGAUUUACAGUGUUGAGGACGUCGAGGUGGAGCGUAAAACAUGGAAUGGAUUCGGUCUGAAUAGGCGGCACACUGUGUGGAACAUGGUGAAGGAUGAAGACAGGGAACUACUACAAAGAAUGUACACUUUAGAGGGGGACGGGUACAUUGUUCGGAUGAAAUGUUCUAUUGUUUAACAUGUACAACUUGUAAAACUAUGCUCUAU